ACCCUUACCCUCUCCCCCCGCCAGCAAGUCCCACGCGUCUCCUGCUGGGUCACAUGUAAGGUCGCGAUGCCGGAAAAGUACCGCAGAUCAGAGGUCGUGAAGCUGACCUCCGCCGCGCCGAGGGAGGCCGAUACAGAGGUGUCACCUUAUGGGAUCCUUGAAGGUAAGCCCGUCGUGGGGCUCCCUGCCAGACCAAUCCACCGGUGGCAGCAGCAGCAGCAGCAGCAGCAGCAGUAGCAGCAGCAGCAGCAGCAGCAGCAGCAGCAGCAGCAACAACAACAACAACAACAACAACAACAACAACAACAACAACAAUUGCAACAACAAUAAUAGCAGCAGCAGCAGCAGCAGUGACAUCCCCAGCAACAGAGGGCCGCGGGCAGUGGGUCGCGCGGGCCAGAUCUCUCAGAUCAGCGAGGGCCUCUUCCUGAGUGGUGCACGCGCUGUACGUCCUGCCCGCGUGGCCGAACUGGGCGUGACGUGCGUCGUGAACGUCACCACGGAACUGCCCAACGCACCGCUACAGGGCGUCCGCGUGGUGGCGAUGCGGGUGGCGGACGAGCCCUCGGCCGACUUGGCCAGUCACCUCGCCGCCGCCGCUGACACCAUCCAUCAGGAGCUGUGUGGCGGCGGCCGCGUGCUGGUGCACUGCGUGGCGGGCGUCAGCCGCUCGCCCGCCUUGGUGCUCGCUUACCUAGUCCGGCACGGCGGCAUGGCCCUACGGGAGGCCUUCCUGCACGUGCGGGCGGUGCGGCCCUCCGCCAGACCCAACAGCGGCUUCUUUUCGCAACUGAUCGAGUUCGAGCGUGAGGAGCAUGGCUGCAGCAGUGUGACACUGCACCUCACCCCCGGAGGCUGGGUGCCCGAUGUGUGCCUGGAGGAGGCGGCGGGCCAUGCAGGACAAGCGCUGCCUCGCGGCCCUCAGCGACAGGCGGGGCCUGCAGAGGGUGUACGCGUAGCACGCCGCGGCGCCUGCUGACCAGUGUGAGCACUGUGCUCGGUGCAAGCUGAAAGAGAGAGAGAGAGAGAGAGAGAGAGAGAGAGAGAGAGAGAGAGAGAGAGAGGAAAGAGAGAGAGAGAGAGAGAGAGAGAGAGAGGAGAGAGAGAGAGAGAGAGAGAGAGAGAGAGACGGGAAGGUGAAGGAGGAAGGAUGCAUGACAGUGCCUUCAGGUUUUACCGGGAGAAGACACAGCGCCCCACUCCUCCUGCAGGAACGAGGAAGGCAGGAGGGGAGGGACAGAAGAGCAAUGAGCAAUAUAAAAGUCAGUAACAAUAACUCUGCAGCUUAAUCAUGUGUGACGCGUGACGUGAACAGCACACCCGUCUCCCCUGCCGGAUCCCAACCCCACCCGUGCAAGCUUCCUGUCUCAACUCCCGCACCUGCCUGAUUGCAUAACCUCAGAGAGAGAGAGAGAGAGGAGAGAGAGAGAGAGAGAGAGAGAGAGAGAGAGAGAGAGAGAGAGAGAGAGAGAGAGAGAGAGAGAGAGAGAGAGAGAAUAAUUAUAUAAUUAUACAUCGGAAGACAAGUUAUACAGAGCUGGAGCAGCAAAAGCAGCAAUAAUAGCAGCAGGACCAGCAGCAGUAAUAGUAGUAAUUGUUAUUGUUGUUAUUGUUAAUGUAGUAGUAGUAGUAGUAGUAGUAGUAGUAGUAGUAGUAGUAGUAGUCGACAUACUAGUAGCAGCAGCACUAGUAGUAGUAUUAGUACAAACACCACUGAAUGAACAAUAAUACAAUCUAAGGUUAUAAAGACCACGAUCUCGUUCUAGUAAUAAGAAUUUUCGACACACGCAGACGUCAAAGGAAGGGAAAGUGUGCAUGUAGUGACGUUCCUCCUUCCCCUUCUCCUUCCACCAGCGUUUCCGGAAUUGCUUGGCGGUGGAGGAGGAGGAGAAGAUUUAAGGGAUGGGAGAGGAAGAAAUGUCAUGUGUUCUAUAUAUUUUUGUAUUUGCCUUUGUAAUCUCUAGAAAAAUAUAUAUUGAUAAUUA